AUGCGGCGCUGGGAAUUGGCGUGGGAUGGACAUGAAGGGCAACUUCAAACUGACGUGUCUGCGUAUGGCGACGAAAAGAAAGCACCGCUGAGUGCUGAGAUAGAGCUAACGCCUGCUAAAGAGGCACAGACGGGCGACAUCGAUCCGGUGAAUGGUAUGGGAGAGAGCACGAAUACGUCGUCUGUCGAAGAGGGAAGCCGGUUCCUUCAUAAUCACGUACCCGCUGGUCUUUUCGCCUAA